AUGAUUAAUGUUCAGGGCAGCUUGGAGCUGCGACUGGCAGACUGGCAACCAGAGAGCAAGAUAGAACAGCUACAAUAUGAAAAGCUAGCGGCAGACCGGGAAAUGGUAAACAACGUGAUAAGACGUACCCUUAUUGAAGUGGCCGAGAGCGGGGCGUGGAGCGCCGUUAAGAAAGGCGUGGAGCAACUCGGACAACAGGACUGUGACGUGGCGUCUCUACGUCUUACCAAUAAACAACUCAGAGCAUCUCGAGAUGCUAUUGUUAACGAGCUCGAUGCCAAGAGAAACCUCUGGGUUACUGAGCUAAGGAACGCUGAUGAGAAAAUAGCUGCUCUACGUGAUAAAACCUCUGAUGAUCUUCUGAACGCAAACACGCGGCUGUGUUACGCGGAAAAGUGGUUGUUCGCACGUUUCGAAGCGCUGGAGUUGCGGCUCAAUGUGCCGCGUGCGCCUGCGCCGCGCUUCGACCACGAGCAGCGCGUCCACGAAGAGCUGCUCAAAGCUUUUGAACUGCAAAUACAAGAACGUGAGAAGGCCUUAGAGUAUUGGCGCCAGCGUUACGACGUCGAUAUAGCAGAAAUAAGCAAGAGGGGGCAUAAGAAAUGCGAAGAGAUGAAGACGGCAAGCGCCAAACGAAUGGAACUUCAGAAAUUGUUUGACCUACAUGCGGGUGAAAUUCGUGGUUGGUUGACAUUCAAACGGGAGCGUGCAGCUCGUCUCGCUCGUGAACAAAAGUUGAGAGCCUCUGCUACGAACAUCCAGGCGUGGUGGCGCGGCAUCAUGGUGCGCAAAGCUCUCGGACAGUUCCGGUAUCUGAGGCAUACUAAGGGGAAAGGCAAAAAGAAAUAAGGGACAAAUUGCUAUUGUAUCCUUUGUCUCCCGCUUGCUAUGGAGGGAAGUGCAACAUUUUUUCUUAUUCC